UGUGGGAUGAAAGGGGGGAUCCCGAGCGGGAGCUGGAUGCACGCCGCCACGGAAGACUUUUCCUCGGAGCUGUUGCUGCUUGAGUCUCAGAUCCCGACUGUCAGCAGGGUGGGUUGUCUUCUUCUUCAAAGAUCUCAGGUCUGAGUGAGUCUCCGGUGUACGUGUAUAUAUGUUACCUAUAACAUAUAUAAUAUGUUGCAUAGCUAUUAAUCUAUCCCCCCCCUCCCCCCGAAAGGGACGAAAGUCUUUAAUAGGAGUUACUCUAUAUGUGGAAGCAAAGAAAUCUUCUUUCAAGUGGAGCUGCAGUUUUGCUGAAUAAUCACGUGUGAGUUAGGGGCGGGCUCUUGGCAAGGAGGUUUUUUACGAGUAUUUACUACAAGGUCUACUCCAGAAGAUUAACCAUCCCAAUCCUUCUGUCAGUCUCCGAUGCCAUGCCUGGUUAAAAAAAAAAAAAAAAAAUCUCAUCUUUUUUCCGAUCGUCAGUCACCCUAAAGAAUGGCCGAGCCUUCUGGGAACGAGCUGGCGUCCGCGGCUGCCAAGGGGGACCUAGAGCAACUUACUAAUUUGUUGCAAAAGAAUGUAAACGUCAAUGCACAAAAUGGAUUUGGGAGGACUGCGCUGCAGGUCAUGAAACUCGGGAAGCCCGAAAUUGCCAAGAGGUUGCUAAUCCACGGCGCCAACCCCAACCUGAAAGACAGUACCGGCUUCGCUGUAAUUCAUGAUGUAGCCAGAGAGGGUUUUCUGGACACUUUGCAGACUCUGCUGGAGUUCGAAGCUGAUGUCAACAUCGAGGAUGACGAGGGCAACCUGCCCCUGCACCUGGCCGCCCGCGAGGGGCACGUGCGGGUGGUGGAGCUGCUGCUGGAGCGCACGGAGUGCCGGGUGGGCCACCAGAACAAGCGGGGGGCCACCGCCUACGACCUGGCCAAGCUCUACAAGAGAGCCGCCGUGGUGAAGCUCUUGGAGGACAGCAGCUUCCCCCCAGCAGCCACGGAUUAAACUCGGCUGGGACGCGCUCUCCCUUGGACAUGAAGGCUCUCAGCCGCCUUUUUUCUUCUUCUUCUUCUUUUUUUUAAAUAACAUUUGUCACAACCUUAGUUCUACUAUUUUUUUUUUUUUUUUUUUUUUUUUUUUGGACAGCGGACAGCAUAAGUCUCAAGAAAUUCUCGAGGUGGGUUUUUAGAGAAUGGAAAUGUUUUAAAUACACCCUCCCGGCAAUUCCUUCCACCUGCCAUUUUACAAUGUAAUCACCGACUCAGCCGUCUCUAUGUUGGUCGUUCAUACCUAGGUUGUCAGUAUCAUGUUUUACAAUUUAUUUUAGGUCAUUCCUGUUAAGUCAUUAAUACAGAAGCUACAUAUGCACAUGCUUAAUGUUGCUGGACUUUAAGAAAAAAAGAGCUUACUGUGAUUUCUCCCACCUCUCAAUGCGCUCCCCCCCUCCCUCCUUUCCCCCCCUUCGGUCGGGCUUAAGAGUUUGAAGUCCUGUUUUGGAUUAAACCGGCCUUUUAAGGGGCAACCUGCAACUGCCGGCUCAGGCAGAGCUUGAAGGCAAAGGCUCCUUGGCCCGAGGACAAGGGAUAGCGUUCGAGGCUUUGGGAAAUAGCUGCAUUUUGACACUAACAAGAGCUUGUAGAAGUAGGUCACUUACUUUCUAAAUGUAGAUGAAACUUUCCCCCUUUGUGUAUUUAAACUUUCACCAAGCUGGUUUUGAAUUUAGAUACCAGAAACAGUAUAAGUGGUGGGGUGUUUUGAUUGCCAGAGGUUUUAACUGGCUCAGUUUAGUAGUUCGUGUUUACUGUGCACCGAACGAGACGUUUUUUCUAGUUUCAAAACAAGCAGCAGAGAACCAAUGUCAGAGGCAAGAGAACCUGAAGGCUGCAGUACAACAAGUUUUCUGGGCACUUCAUAAGCUGCGUGCAGUUUAGAUGCUCUUUAAGAAAGAUUUGCUUUCCACCAACCCUUCUGUUUUGCCGGGAAAUGAACUAUUUUAAUGAUAGAUGCAUCUCACGCAACAGGACUCUUUGAAUACAGUGACAUUUAGGAAGCAGCACAUUUGAUAUUGGGGAAGUUAUGCUAUUGCUUGCACCUAAAACACAAUUUAACCAUUGAAAAAUUUCCAUUGCAAUACUGUUGAGGGUAUUCAUCAGCCUCAACUCCAUUUACCCCUCCAGCUACAACAGGAGCUAACGACGCUCAGCACCGGAUCGGAAAGGGUUCAGUAUGAAACUCGAAACAUUUGCCCAGGCUCUAGUUGUUGGGCAGACGGGCCAUUUCAAGUGCUUCAUUUCAAAUAGUCUGAAUUCUAAUUGCGCAAAAGAGAAGGUUUUAAAUCAAAGCAAAAUGAAUAGUACUGAAAAUAGCACUUAAGAGAGGAGAGGGUGUACAUUAGUUCAGAUUUUAACUCCUCAAAAAAAGAAAGAUUUAGCCCCACAAAAUCAGUUCCUUCCGUUUUCAAGUAAAAUGUAAUUUGCUGAAACUAUCUGUCACGUUUACUA